CUUUGGUGCAUAUUUCCAUCACUUAAAGUUCUCUCAUCUGCAGCUUCUAUUAGCUAGUAUUCGCUGUAGCUUCUAAAUUCAAAAGGAGCUAUUAGCUUUUGAUAGAAAUGGCUUCCAAAAGCACAGCAUCACUUGCUCUCUUUCUUGCACUCAACCUCCUCUUCUUUUCCCUAGUCACUGCUUGUGGAGGGGGUUGCCCGUCUCCUAAGCCAAAGCCAAAGCCGAAGCCGAAGCCAACACCAACACCAAGCCCUUCCAGUGGAAAGUGUCCUAAAGAUGCACUUAAAUUAGGUGUAUGUGCUGAUUUGCUCGGUUCAUUGCUUAAUGUCACCGUUGGCAAUCCCCCUGUAAAGCCUUGCUGCAGUGUCAUUCAAGGCCUUCUUGAUCUCGAGUCUGCUGUUUGCCUUUGCACUGCCAUCAAAGCUAACAUCCUGGGUAUCAACCUUAACAUUCCACUCUCUCUAAGCUUGCUUCUCAAUGUCUGUGGAAAGAAAGUUCCCAAAGACUUCCAAUGUUCCUAAACAUAUUCGCGUACGCCUUUGCACGCGUUGAUGUUUUCUAUUAAGAAUUGUGUGAUACAAGGAAAACAGCUGCUUGUUUUCGCUUGUACUGUGCUUUAUCUGUUUUAUUUAGCUACCACGAAUAAUUUUCAUUAGUUUUCCCUGAUGUCGUAUCAUGUUUUUUAUCCCAUGUGAAAUAAUAGUUUCCUUUGAUAU